GGCGAAGGCCCGACGCGCUCCCUGGCGUCGUGGGCGGUCGCAGGGCCCCGCGCGCCCACCCGGUCGGCCACCUGUCCCCGGGACCCACUCGCCGCGGGUGAGCGAGAGCGUCCGCCGGAGACUCUGGACACAGCAGCCGGUGGACACAGCGGACGUCCUUCCCGGCCGGCGGACCCCCGGCCUGGGACCCUGUCGCUUGCGAGGCAUCACCCACCUUCGAGGCACCGUCUUCCCCUCGUUGGCUGUUUCCAGGAUCGGGAGACCUGGGAGGCGAGAGGGACUGCAGUUAUUCGGCAUCCUCUGGCACCGUGGCGCACCUCGUCCCGUCGGGAUCUCUCUCCCUUCAGACCUAGGCUCUGACAGAUCAAGAUUUUUUGCUAUCCAGAUUUCAAGAAUACACUGGAUACCACUCUUAUAAAACCAAGAGGCAAUCAUGAAGACUUGUUUUAAUUGUUGAAACUACAGUUGAAAUCAUGGCUACAUCAGCAAAUCUGGAUAUUGGAGCCCAACUGAUAGUGGAAGAGUGUCCCACCAGUUAUAGUCUAACUGGCAUGCCAGACAUUAAAAUAGAGCAUCCACUGGAUCCAAAUUCAGAAGAAGUAUCAGCUCAGGGUGUUGCCAUGGGAAUGAAGUUCAUAUUGCCUAACCGAUUUGAUAUGAAUGUUUGUUCUCGAUUUGUGAAGUCCUUAAAUGAAGAAGAUAGCAAGAAUAUUCAAGAUCAGGUUAACUCUGACCUGGAGGUGGCAUCUGUCCUAUUUAAAGCUGAAUGCAAUAUCCACGCAUCUCCAUCUCCAGGAAUUCAAGUAAGGCAUGUCUACACUCCCUCUACAACAAAACAUUUCUCGCCUAUAAAACAGUCAACUACUUUAACCAACAAACACAGGGGAAAUGAGGUCUCUACCACACCUCUGUUAGCAAAUUCUUUGUCUGUCCACCAGUUGGCUGCGCAGGGAGAGAUGCUCUAUCUGGCUACGCGUAUUGAGCAAGAAAAUGUUAUCAAUCACACGGAUGAAGAAGGAUUUACUCCUCUGAUGUGGGCUGCAGCACACGGGCAAAUAGCUGUGGUAGAGUUUCUACUUCAGAAUGGUGCUGAUCCCCAGCUUUUAGGAAAAGGUCGGGAAAGUGCGUUGGCAUUGGCCUGUAGCAAAGGCUACACAGAUAUUGUCAAGAUGCUGCUUGAUUGUGGAGUUGACGUCAAUGAGUAUGACUGGAAUGGAGGGACACCUUUGCUUUAUGCUGUACAUGGAAAUCAUGUGAAAUGUGUCAAGAUGCUCUUAGAAAAUGGAGCUGACCCAACAAUUGAAACCGAUUCUGGAUAUAAUUCUAUGGAUCUAGCUGUAGCCCUGGGCUAUAGAAGUGUUCAACAGGUUAUCGAGUCACAUUUGCUAAAGCUGCUUCAGAAUAUCAAGGAGUAGACAUAGUCAUCAGAAAAUGUCAUCUGCCCUUUUGUUUACUUUUUGGUCCUUAUAAAUGAUAGUUUUGUUUACCUAUAAAUUUUUACCUCAGUUGCAAUAUUUACUGAUUUUUAGUAAGUUUUAAUCUUUCUCUGAGUAAUUCACUGGUUUAUAAUAAAUUUAAUGUUAAUAUGUUUUUAUGAAGGUGUUUUACUGUAUAUUUUAAAUUAUAAAUUAAUGUUUUGUGGCAUGUAAAUUUUUAUGGUACAAAUAGUUAUCUGUCUUUGUAUCAAGUGCUGUAAUUUGACAUUUUCAGAAAUUAUACUAUCCUAUUCAUCUUCACUUUUAACUCGUUGACUUUAUAUAGGGUUUGCUGUAAAUCCCUGGUAAGACAAUUUGUUAUUGUUGAAUUUAAAAGUGCACAGUGUGAUUGUUUACAAAAUGAUAUUAUAAAUAAAUAAAGUACUUUUCUGUCA